AUGGCCUAUGACCGCUUUGUUGCCAUCUGCAAACCCCUGCACUAUGGGACCCUCAUGGGCAGCAGAGCUUGUGUCAAAAUGGCAGCAGCUGCCUGGGCCAGUGGCUUUCUCCAUGCUCUCCUGCAGACUGCUAACACAUUUUCAAUACCACUCUGCCAAGGCAACACAGUGGACCAGUUCUUCUGUGAAGUUCCCCAGAUCCUCAAGCUCUCCUGCUCAGACUCCUACCUCAGAGAAGUCGGGCUUACCGUGGUUAGUCUUUGUUUAGUCUUUGGGUGUUUCAUUUUCAUUGUGGUGUCCUACGUGCAGAUCUUCACAGUUGUGCUGAGGAUCCCCUCUGAGCAGGGCCGGCACAAAGCCUUUUCCAUGUGCCUCCCGCACCUGGCCGUGGUCUCCCUGUUUGUCAGUACUUCAUUUUUUGCCUACCUGAAGCCCCCCUCCAUCUCCUCCCCAGCUCUGGAUCUGGUGGUGGCUGUUCUGUACUCAGUGGUGCCUCCAAGUAAGUGGCAGCAACAUUCUCCAUCUGAGAUUGAUCCAGAGUGUCUCCUAAUGAAGUCAGGACAUGUUGGAAAAGCAGUGUCCUGGAGGUCAGACCCUGCAUGGACAAUCUUCCUCCCCAUCUCCCCAACGCUGCCAUUGCUCUCAUCAGCCACCUGGGACUUCCAUUACGCCUGUUAA